AAUUAACCGUGUGAAAUACUCGUGUUGCUACUUAAGUUCAUGUAAUGGCUUUCAGAAGCAACCUAACAUGUGCUGUGCAAAAGUAUCUAAAUAUGUACUCAUCAAGAUUACCUGGACAGUUUUAUAACGAUAAUAAGUCAGACAGAAGUAGGCAAACAAUCAGCGACAAAUCAGAAGUAUCAGAAGACAUUUGUGAAGUCGCAUUCCCUGUCUUGAUUACAGAAUAUGGAAGACAUUCGGGUAUUAUUAUAUCAGUGAUUAUUAAUCAACCUUCUAAACAAAACGCCAUUUUCAUUUUUACUCAAUCACAAAAUUCAGAUUUAAAUCAAACAGGUUUGAUACUACUUGAUAUAAUCCUGGUGAAUAAUGAAUUCAGUUUUGAAGUAGAUGAACCUGAUCAUAUUUAUAUCACUGGUAGACGAUGGUUAUUAGAUAAAAAUCAAAAUAAUUUAUUAAUACAAGAAAAUUUUAAUCAAAUGAAUAACAAUAGACAAAAUACUUCACUUAAAACUAUUACUACAAAUAAAAUGAAUACUAUUGACAAGAAUUCUAAUUCAUCUAAAAGUUUGAACAAUGUAGUUCCAAUGAAAGCAGAAAAUAUGAAAUCUCAAUAUCAUCUAAAUCAAUCUUAUGCAUCAUCAUCAUUACAAUUUGCAAGUUUAUUGUUGGAAUUUUACAAUAUUGACGAUGCAUUACAAUUUCGCAAAUUGAUUAUUCAAUGCUAUGCAAAACGUACAAAAUUUCUAUCUGUACCAGAAUUAAACACUACAACAACAACAACAACAACAACAACAACAACUAUGUUAAAUGAUCAAAUUAAAUUUUAUUUAAAUGAUGAUGAUGCAAUUCUAUCGAUCAAUAAUUCAAAAGAACAACCAUUUCACUGGUUAAUUAAAUAUCAAAACAAAGAUUCAUUCGAAUUGGCUCCGAAAUUAGACGAUCCUAAUAGUUUGGACGUUUCUGAUUCCAGUAGUAUCGAUGAGAAUAACUAUGAUUAUUUAAAACCAACAUCUGUUUGUGGUAAAACAAAUAGUUGUCCAAGUUUAGACAAUUCUAAAUUAUCUGUUCAAAGUAAAUAUAUCAAAUCAAAAGGACAGGUGAUGAAACGCUUGGUUAAAAUGCGUCGUUCUCAAUCGUCAAUAUCCUCAUCGUCAGUGAAACCAGAGCUAAAGCCUCCAUUACCAAUGAAGAAGAAAUUUUUGUCUGUAUCACAAAACAACUUGAAUAUCUCUUUGACAGAUAGUAAAGUGGAAACAAAUUUGACUACACCAUCUAGUUUAUCCAAUCUUCGUUUCAUAACUGAUUCAAGGAAUAAAUAUAGACAUAUGGAACCAUGGAAUAACAUUUUAAAAUAUUCAAUCACUGAUUAUCUUAAACAAAAAAAAAUUAAUAUUUUCAUUGGAACAUGGAAUGUAAAUGGUCGUAAUGGUAGUAAUUUAAAUUUAGAUAAUUGGCUUAUGCCUCCUGAAGGUCAACCACCAGCUGAUUUAUAUGUUCUUGGAUUACAAGAAUUGCAUAUAAAUCUUAAAGUAAUUACUCCCAAUAAGAUUGGUUCAUCUGAACCAGGAGAUUUAUGGAUUCAACAGCUAGAAGAAGCAUUGGGCGGGUUAUUGAAACCACCACCUAUUUCUAAAUACAAUCAUGUUAAUCAGAAUAAAAAUGAAGAAUCAGUAAAUAAUAAUUUUGCAUCUCAUUGGUUUCAGUACACUGGUGGAGGAUAUAUUCGUAUAAGACGUGUUCGUCUAGCUGGUAUCAUGAUGAUAGUGUAUAUUUCAGCUAGAUUAUCUGUUCAUUUACGUCAAAAUGAAAUUUCACAACAUGUUGUUCCAACCGGUGUUUUAAAUAUGUUAGGUAAUAAAGGUGGUGUCAGUCUUCGUCUAACCAUAUUUAAUACAUCAUUAUGUUUUGUAAAUUGUCAUUUAGCUGCUGGUGAAGAGAAACUUAAUCGUCGUAAUCAAGAUUUCAAAGAGAUUGUACGUAAAAUGUUUUUAAUGUUCCCUAUAAAUCCAAAAAGGAGUAUUCCAUUUACUGUGACAAAAUCUUAUUAUUCAAUACAUGAUGUAAUUUUUGUAUUUGGCGAUUUGAAUUAUCGAAUUACUGGUUUGGAUUCCGAUGAUGUCAGGAGAUUAAUUCAACAAAAGAAUUAUAAUAGUUUACUUAGAAAUGAUGAGUUAUCCAAAGAAUUGAACAGUCGAAAAAUUUUUCAAGGUUUUCGAGAACAUAAAAUUACUUUUGCACCUACAUAUAAAUUUGAUAAUAAUAGUCAAACAUACGAUUCAAGUGAAAAAUAUCGUAUUCCUGCUUAUUGUGAUCGUAUUAUAUGGUAUGGUCGUGGUUGUGCACCAAUUGUCUAUAGAUCACAUCCAAAUUAUGUAUGCAGUGAUCAUAAACCUAUAUCAGGUUAUUUUGAAGUGGAAGUAUAUUAGUGCGUAAUUCAAGUGGCAUAUAAUAAAAUGACUGGACUAUAUUAUCAUGAUCUCAAUCAAAGACUGACGCAACUAUUAUCGAUUUUAGGUUGUGUUAACCUUGUACAAUUGAUUAGAUUUUUUUUUCUUUGGAAGAGAAAAAUUUGUAUAAAAGCAACUAUUUUUGAAUAGUAUGCUCAUUUUUAAUAGAUGAUAAUAAUUUGAUCAUAUGUAAUUAUAAAAGUG